CAUACGGAUCUCUGUCGACAUAUAUAUUUAAAAAUUUCUACAAUGAAGCGGAAUUAUCGAAAUCUGACUUCUGUCGUGCAAAAAAAUGCGGAGAACACGGCGCGCAUCACGGAGCAGACGAGUGGAUACGUGGUGUCGGAGACUGGCUCGGACACCCUCAUGCAAACCUCCUUUGACAACAGCACGGCCGUUGCGAUCGUCAAGCAUUUGAAUUCGAAUUUUGUGAAAUUGGCCCAAAGCGCCGUACGGGAUUUGGAUCCAACCGACAAGCUGUGUUUUCUCCGGGUGGCAACGCGCAAAUUUGAGUACAUGGUGGCGCCCGAUGAUUCGUUUACCGUAACAGUGGUAUUGUAAUUGAAUGCAUUGGAGUGGGAUGGACAUAGUCACACAAAGGGGAACAUACAAUAUGAAUAAUGCAAUGAACUGGAAAGGGAUGAACAUAGUAACACACGGAGACUUCUGGAGAGACUUCUCAUCUUCGAAGGGGAAGUGAGGACAUUUACCGUAACACUUGUUCUAAUUCUCCACACUUAAUGGAUUGCGCUGGAAUGAGAGAAACAUCUCUACACUUGUUUUUUUUGAGAGAGCCAGAGAUCUGAGAGCAUAAAUCUUUAACCCCAAAACUAAACGAGCCAUAAAAUUAUGAACAACUCUUUGGAUUCGCAUUUGGCUUACGCGUAGUGUGUGUGACUAGCGCAAAACUAAAUAGUUUUUAUUAUGUAAUUAAGAUGUUAACAAAGAUGCGAAACGGGCCACGCAAUUAAGGCGGCUCAUAAAACAACAACAGAAACAAGA